GCACCAACAGAAAAGAGAGAGGGGAGGGCAGGCGAAAAUAAUCAUCUCCUCUUCUCUCCACGGCCUCCCUCACCACCACCUCCCUCUCCUCCUCCCGGCCUCCCCAACAGAUUUCCCCACCCCGCCACCGCACCUCGCCGAGGCCAGGCCGCCCGGGAUCGCCUCCGAGCUCCCCGGAUCCCACGCCGGGGGCGCGGCCAUUCGCCGCGGCAGGGCUCCCUCGCGUUACGGGCUCUGCUACGCGGGCGCUCACGCUGUGAUCCGCGCGGGGUCCCCGGGGGAAUGUUCUACCUCAAGCUGCCGGGCGGCGCGGAGUUAGGGUCCCUGCGGGGGGCGGCGGGGCUCUGAUCUGCCCCGCGGCGGCGGUCGAGGCCCAGCCGGCCAGCGUCGGGGGAAAUCCGUUCGUUCGGCACGCCAUGGCGCAAGUGGGGGCGGAGGCGGACGCGAGCUGCCUCGAGAGCUUCGAGCUGUACGAGACCGACUCGAAAUUUUAUAUUCUCGGAACUAACACUGACAAAACAUUAUGGAGAUUGCUCAAGAUUGAUAGAAUGGAGCCAUCAGAGCUCAACAUAGAUGAGGAUUCUACCAUGUACUCACACAGCGAAUAUCUUGAUCUACGAAAAACUCUAGAUGAAGACCAUAGGUCAACUGGUGGACUCAAUUUUGUUACAAAUUGUUGUGGAAUCAUUGGUUUCAUUAAGUUCCUUGGGCCUUAUUACAUGUUAAUUAUCACCGAGCAGAGAAAAAUUGGUGCUAUAUUUGGCCAUGCAGUUUACCAAGUUACCAAGACUGCGAUGAUCGAGUUAUCUAGUUCCAAAAUGAAGCCAACACUUCUAAAUUCCAAUGAUGAGAACAGGUACAAGAAGCUCUUGCAGACAAUAGAUCUUAGGAAAGACUUCUUUUUCAGCCACUCGUACCAUAUCAUGAGAAGUCUCCAGAAGAAUUUUAAUGAUCCACAGGAAGGAUGGGACCUAUAUGACACAAUGUUUGUAUGGAAUGAAUUUCUAACACGAGGGGUUCGUAACAUUCUGGAAAGUACCUGCUGGACUGUUGCGUUAGUCUAUGGUUUCUUUAAACAGGAUAAAAUCAAAACAUCUGGGAAGGACAUUAUGUUGACUCUCAUUGCUAGACGAUCGAGGCAUUAUGCUGGAACCAGGUAUUUAAGGAGAGGUGUGAAUGAGGAGGGCAGAGUAGCAAAUGAUGUCGAGACUGAGCAACUUGUUUUUGAUGACACACUUGGACCUAGGCAAAUAAGCUCUGUUGUGCAGAACAGGGGUUCUAUUCCUCUAUUCUGGUCCCAAGAGACAUCAAAGCUUAUUAUUAAGCCUGAUAUCAUAUUGCAUGAGAAGGACAAUAAUUAUGAAGCAACCAGGCUUCAUUUUGAAAAUCUUAGGAGGAGAUAUGGAGAUCCCAUCAUCAUCUUAAACUUGAUUAAGACACGCGAAAGGAAACCGCGGGAAUCCACACUUCGUCAAGAAUUUGACAAAGCAAUAAAGAUUAUAAAUAAUGGUCUACCAGUCGAAAAUCAUUUGAGGUUUUUACAUUGGGAUCUUAAUAAAAGCACUCGAAGCAAAAAUGCAAAUGCCCUCCAAGUACUUAUGAAAGUGGCAUUCGAAGCUCUGAACUUGACAGAAUUCUUUUAUUGUCAAGCUUCCUCAGCUCAAACACCCGGGAGCUCCCUUAAUUUACAUGCUCCAUUGAAUGGUUGUGGUUUUCGUGGAUGUGAUGACAAAAAUGACGGUGGCAACACAGACUGUAUCGAUAAUAAUGGUGACAUAUCCCAAGAAGAUACAUGUGGUAGUUCUGAUACCUCCACUAGUGGAAUUGCAGAAGAUGUAGCCACUAACAAUGGAUCUACAACAGUAAAGCCCCCCAAAUUACAAAAUGGUGUAUUGCGCACGAACUGUAUAGAUUGUUUAGACCGCACAAAUGUUGCUCAGUAUGCCUAUGGUUUAGCUUCUCUUGGACGCCAGUUGCAUGCACUUGGUUCUGUAGAAUCUCCAGAGCUUGAUUUAGACUCCCCCUUGGCCCACCAUUUGAUGCACUUUUAUGAGCGGAUGGGUGACACACUUGCUUUGCAGUAUGGUGGUUCGGCUGCACACAACAAGAUAUUCUCUGCAAAGAGAGGGCACCUUAAGUUUGCUAUUCAGUCUCAAGAGUUCUUCAGGACACUACAGCGAUACUACAGUAAUGCCUAUAUGGAUGCUUACAAACAGGCAGCCAUAAAUUUAUUCUUGGGUUACCACCGACCGCAGCAGGAAAAAUUUGCACCUUGGGAGUCAGAGUCUGUUGCUGGGGAGAAUGUCCUUGAUGACAAAACAAGUCAACUGAUAAAAAGGUCAAGAUCAGAUGGCAGCAUUCUUCGUAAAAGCAACACUUCUCUGUCCAGCAAUGGCCCAAAUGGAAUUUCGACACCAGGAUUUAGUGAUUUCAAAAAUGAGCUACAACCUCCUAACUGCCGGUCUGGUUCGGUGCAUGAUGCGGUGUCAAAAUUAAGCUAUACUCCAACAGUGCCACAUAUUAAGUAUACCAGUUGCGAGCUUGACUAUGGCAACUUUUCUGGGGAUUCAAAUUUCCUUGAUCUUGACUGGCUUUCAGCUUCAGACAAUGGAAGUUUGAGCAGACCAAGAGCCGUAAGUACUCCUAACGUGAAUGAUAAUGGUGCACGUGGUGUAACCCCUGGGAUAACGGAAGGUGACCUGGCAGAGAUACACGCUCAGGGGUUAUCUCACAAUUUCCUGCAAUGGGUUGUUGAGGGAGAGGCUUUUUGGUACUGAUACCAUAUCAUGUAUAUUCAAGCUACAGGAUGGCUCCCAACACUUUGUAAGACUAUUGCGAGGAGAAGCCAUUAGCAUAAUCACUGUGAUUUGUGAUCUCGCAUUGUCACAGCCAUCCAACUAGUCCUCUAGCGAAGUGUAAAACCCUCUUCGUUUGCUGUUGGCCAGCUAUUUCUUCUAGGGGUGAGUAGAUAGGCAUUGUUCUUAUUUUUCUUAAAGGAAAGAAAGAAUGUAGGUAGUGUGUAUUAUUCUUUGGAAAGUUGUACCGUCGCUCGUGUUUCUACUGUGUAAAUAUAUAUGAACCGCUGACAUAUUCCCCCCAGAGUUGAGGUGGUCUCGAAAUCACCAUUUUCCCCUCAACCCGUUAGGCUGGGAUAUCUUGAUACAUGUACCUUGUAUUAUUCAACAAAAACAGAGGAGAUGCUAUUGUGUAUUUUUUAA